GAUGUUUCUGUCCGAGCGUGUUGCUUUAUUUCUAACCACGGGAAAAGAGUAGAAAAUAUUCAGUGCGAUCCGGCGAUGGUGUUUUAAAUUGUGACUCGAACGGAGAUCAAGCAGGAAGACGGAUAAAUAUGGACUGGACGCGCCCUGUGCUUUUCCCCCUCCUGCUUUGUUACUGCGAGCUGAUUUCAGCCCAGCUGAAAUAUUCCACUCCAGAAGAGGUUAAGGUCGGUUCUAUUGUUGGGAACGUUGCGAAGGAUUUGGGCCUGGACGCGGGCACUUUGACGAGCAGGAGGUUUCGCAUCGUGUCCGGCGCACAGGACGCGCUGUUUGAGGUAAACCCGAACAAUGGGCUCCUGCUCGUGCACAAACACCUCGAUCGCGAGCACUUGUGCGACAGAAACGCCGUGUGUGUGCUGGAUCUCAAAAUUGUCGUGGAGAGCCCGCUGGAGAUCCACUACGUGUCCGUGGAAGUGACAGACGCCAACGACCACGCACCGAGUUUUGCGGAGAAGGGGAAGAUGAUCGAGAUAGCGGAGAGUACUUUAUCUGGUGCACGGUUUCAAUUGCCAGGCGCAAGGGACCCAGAUAUUGGAAUGAAUUCGAUCCAGCGUUAUAAAUUGAGUCAGAAUGAACAUUUUCAACUCGAAAUUCGGGAGAGGGGGGAAGAUAAAAUCCCCUUUCUUGUGUUGCAAAGGCAGCUCGACAGGGAAGAGAAAAUUAACCACAGUCUGAUUUUGUCUGCUAUCGAUGGAGGAACACCUUCAAAAUCUGCAAAAAUGAAUGUGACAAUACGGGUUUUAGAUAUAAAUGAUAAUCGACCCAUUUUCCCUAAAGAGGUUUAUUCAGUUGAAUUGCAAGAAAAUGUCGCAUUAGGCACCUCUGUAAUAAAAGUGCAAGCCACUGACCCGGAUGAGGGAGCUAACGGGGAGGUGGAGUACGCAUUUGGGGGCGACAUGAACGCGGACGUGAUGCGUCUUUUUAGUCUGGACAAAAAACUGGGAGAAAUUCGAGUUGAAGGGCAAAUUGAUUUCGAAACGAGUCCCGUUUUCAAGUUGGAUGUGCAGGCCUCGGACAAAGGUCAGCCUCCCAUGACGACAGACUGCAGAGUCGUCGUCAAGGUUCGAGACGUCAACGACAAUAAACCCGAGAUCGAAGUGACGUCCAUCGCCGGCGUGGUCCCGGAAGAUGCGAAGCACGGAACUGUGAUUGCUCUCGUCAGCGUCACCGAUGUGGAUUCGGGCCCCAACGGGAAAGUCAUCUGCGGUCUCGCGCCAAAUGUUCCGCUUGAAUUGAAGCCGUCUUUCAAGGAAAAUAUGUAUUCCUUAGUCACGAAAGACACGUUAGACAGAGAAACCACAUCGAGUUAUGACAUUUCGAUAACAGCUACUGACUGCGGUGAACCUCCUCUUUCCGCAUUUAAAACUCUAAACAUCCGAGUCACGGAUGUCAAUGAUAACGUCCCAGAAUUCCCACAAAAUCCCUUCGAGUUCUAUUUGACAGAAAACAACAAACCUGGCGCGGCAGUCUUUUCAGUCAACGCCUUUGACAAAGACACCGACGACAACGCCGCAGUGUCCUAUAGUAUUGUCCGGCAGGGCGGUCAUACUGACAUCGCAUCUUUCCUCAACAUUAACUCUGAGACUGGAGAAGUGACGGCGCUGAAGAGUUUUGACUUUGAGACGCUGAAAAGCUUCCAGUUCCAGGUGUCGGCCACCGACGGCGGAAGUCCUCCGCUGAGCGGCAACGUGACGGUGAAGGUGUUCAUUCUGGAUCGGAACGACAACGCUCCGGUCAUCCUGUAUCCGCUCGGCUCCAACGGUUCCGCCCGAGGCGCGGCGGAGAUUCCCCGCGACGCCAAAGCGGGAGACUCGGUGACGAAAGUCCGAGCCUACGACGCCGAUACGGGAUAUAACGGCUGGUUACUGUUUUCGCUGCGGCCGCUCGGCGAGCGCGCUCUCUUUUCUUUGGACCGCUAUACGGGCCAGAUCAGAACACUUCGCCCGUUCACGGAGACGGACGAGGCCGAGCAUCGACUGCUCGUACUGGUCAAAGACAACGGCGACGUUUCGCUCUCGGCGACGGCGACCGUGACCGUCAAACUGGCGGAGCCCAAAGAGGCUUUCGCGGCUUCCGACCACGCGGGAAGCGCGGCCGAAGAGGACGAGCGCGAGGACCGGGUGACUUUUUAUCUGGCGCUGACUUUGGGCUCGGUCUCGCUGCUUUUGGUCAUCAGCGUGGUGGUGCUGAUCGCCAUGCGCUGCUCCAAAUCCGCAGAGUCCACUUCCAAAUAUCUACGAGACGCUCAUUACGACGGCACGCUGUGUCACAGCAUCCAGUACAGAUCGGGAGACAAACGCUACAUGUUGGUCGGACCCAGAAUGAGUGUUGCUUCCGCCGGCGCCCCGGGCAGCCACGCCGGCACGCUGGUUCUGCCCGACGCCAGACGCGCGGCCGCAGGGGAGAAUUCCCUCAGGCCGGUGUUGCAGUUAAGCUCUGAGAUGCUUUGGUGCUGA